CUCUCUCUCUCUCUCUCUCUCUCUAGUUUCUGCAAAUUUCCCUCUGAUUUCUCUCAAGUUUGACAUUUUUCCCCUGUUGCAUUCCCAAAGACUUUCUCUCUCUCGCUGAUAUUUAAAGACUGUUUUCUUUACUUUCAAAACCCAAAUGAUUCUGCUGCUCUACGUUUUCAGAUCUUCAAUCAUUUCCUCCACACCCGAUUGUUCUUGUUUUUCAGCACAAAAUUUAGUCCAAAAAUAGAAAGAAAGAGCUGGCGUUUUUGUAAAUGUGGGUUCUUGGGUGAAGAGAAUGUGUUUCAAAUUGACUGAAGGUUUACUCAUUUGACUGAAUGUCCUUCUGCGUAUUUGAAUCUUAGUUGCUGAGUUCGGAAAAAGCGUGGGAUUUGAGUGAUUUUCUGUGUGUACAGAAGGGAAAGAAGAUAGAGGAGUGAACUUUCUAGUGUGGAAAAAUGGGGUUCUGCAGAUGAAGGAUUUGAGGCUCCUAUAGGUCUGUGGAAGACAAAAAUGGAGGUUGAGAAGAAACGUUCAAAAGGGGGCUUUCUUAACUUGUUUGACUGGAAUGGAAAAUCUCGGAAGAAGCUCUUCUCAGCCAGUUCUGAAUCAUCGGGAUUAAAGCAUGGGAAAGAAUAUAUGGAGAGUUUCUCAAAGCCAGGGCUCUAUAGGGUAGGCAAAGAUCCUCUACCCUCUGAUGUAGAGGUGGAUGAGAGUGGAACUGCAACCACUUUAAGUAAUAAAGGAAGUAAUGACUGGAAUUGUGCUUCAUCAGUGACCAGUGAUGAGGGAUGUGGGGUUAGAGCCCCUGGUGUAGUUGCUAGAUUAAUGGGUCUGGAUUCACUGCCUGCUUCAACUGCCCCGGAGCCAUCUUCUGCCCUACUCUUUGACUCCCAGUCGCUUAAAGCAUCUCAACAUGAGAGGAGUGGUCGUAAUUUGUGCAGUGAUUUUUAUGCCACCGAGUACAUAAAUGUGCCAAAGAAGCUGGAUAGGUUUUCUUGGAAUCUUGUAGAGCCUAGGACACAGGGGGUACCAUGCCACCCAAUUAAGAGAUUUCAAACAGAAGCUUUGCCUCCAAAAUCAGCCAAGGCAAUUCCAGUUCCUCAACAUAAGCUUUUGUCACCUGUCAAGAGUCCUGGCUUCAUUCCACCAAAAAAUGCGGCUUAUGUAAUGGAGGCAGCCUCAAAGAUCAUUGAGGCAAGUCCUCGACCAUCUGCCAGGAGCAAAGUGUCAUCUGUGGGGCCUUCUUCAAUUCCCUUGAGAAUUCGGGAUUUGAAAGAGAAGAUGGAAGCUGUGCAUAAAGCAUCAAGACCUGAAGGACCCAAGGAAGCUAGUGACUUGAGGUAUGUGAAAGGACUGCCGAGUGACAGGCGCCAGAACGGGUCAGGUAAUGUACCAGUAUCCAAGGCUUCUGUGGAUUCAGAAAAACAAAGUUACAGGGAUAUGAGGAAUAAGGGCAAAUCACCAUCACUUGCAGAACAAGCAAAGGUCAAUGUUCAGAGAAGGGAGGGGUCAACUUCUUCUAGUAAUAAAAGUAUUAUGAACCAGAAGGAACAAAAUGAGGUCAAACAAAAUCAGUUUUCCAAGAGCAGGUCAACUACACAAAGACCUAUGCAUAAGAGAACUUCCAUUGACAACACAAGAACUGCGCUCAAGCAGAAUAACCAGAAGCAGAAUUGUGUAUCUAACAGAGAGAAAAUGACUUCAAAAGGUAUGGUUCCUAAUCAGCCUACUAGAAGAAUGCGGCCACCUGAUGGCUCUAGUGGGCCAAGCAAAGCUGUGAAUAAGACUAUUCUAAGCUCUGAAAUUGGUUCCAGAAAGAUGGGCUCAAGGGCAACUGCUACUGGAAAAGAGUUUUCAUUAUCCACAAGAAAGAAUGUUUGUGGAAACUUAAGGUCUGUUCAUCAGGAUGUUCGCUCAGAAGAAACUGUUUUCGAUGAAGCAUAUAUUGGGGAGGAUGAAAGAUCAGUGAAAUGUAACGUUUCAAGGAAUGGGUGCACCAAUUUGGGCGCAGAUAAUAGGAACCAAGGCAUGGAUGUUAUUUCAUUUACAUUCACGUCUCCCCUGAAAAGAUCAUUCUCUGAAUUGCAGUCACCUCAAGUCACAAGUAUAAAUAACAGCUAUUGUAUUGAUUCUUUUGGUAACAAUGAUGAGCAGUUCUAUGCAGAGAAUUUCACAUUAUCUUCUCCUGGGUUGAACGUGAUUGGUGGUGAUGCUUUGAGUGUCCUUUUGGAACAAAAGCUUCAAGAACUGUCAUGUAAAGUUGAGUCAUCUCAGCGUAAUCAAUCCAGUGAAGUGACUUCUGGUAGUUCUACGUCUUGCUUGCAAGAUAUGGUUUCCAGUGUGGCUAGCACUACAUCAAGAUGCAAGGGGUUCAAAUUUGGUUUAACCAAACAUAAAACUCACAGCACAUACGACAAUGGUUGCUUGUCGGUUGAGGUUAACCAGCAGUGGCAGGGAUCAGAAGGCGUGGAAGAGUGUAUCAGUAGCAUCAGAAACAGUGCAACUGGAAAAGAAUUUGAUCGACGUCUUAGUCCAGUUUCAGUUUUUGAACACUCAUUUGAGAGUCGAAGCACCAAUGGCAGUGACACUGAGAGAUGUUCGUUGGCUCAAGUUCAAGAUCAAGGUAGUUCAUUCUCUUCAUAUGGUGUUUCAGAGUUCCUCGACUCAGCCUCUUCAGCUUCCACAGGGGAUGCCAGCGGAAAGAGUACGACUAUAAUCUCAGGUUCCUAUUAUUUUAAUCAAACAAACGAUUGGGAACUGGAAUAUGUAAGAUACAUCCUAAGUAAUGUAGAUUUAGAGAUGGAAGAGUUCGCAUUGGGUGAUGCUCAACACGUCAUCACCCCCAGUCUCUUUGACCAUUUGGAUAAUCAAGAACAAGAAGAGUAUCUGAAGCUCGAGCAGAAGAUCUUGUUUGACUGCGUAAACGAAACCCUGCAGUUCAGAUGCAAGCAAAUUUUUGUGGGAAGCCGCAAAGCGUGGGAUAGAUUGACCACAUUGUCUCAGAGGAAGGGACGGCUAGCUGAGGAGUUGUACAAAGAGAUUUCGGGUUGUAAAAACAUGGUAGAACUGAUUGGGGAUGAGCUUGUGGACAAGGACAUGAGCACUCAGCGUGGGAAAUGGCUUGACUUCGAAGUCGAAGCAUUUGAGGAGGGUCUGGAGAUUGAGAAGGGGAUACUGAAUUGUCUGGUGGAUGAGUUGGUGUCUGAUUUUUUUAACUUCUAGUCCCUCUUUGAGUUUGCCUUGUAUUAAGAACUUCUAGCCCCUCUUUAAAUAUUUUCUUCCAGAUGAUAAUUUCCUCAACAUUAGAAUCUACUGCUAGUAAACCAUUUUUCAUUUCCCGUGCGAAGUCCUUGGUGUCUAGGAUUGAAUUCGAUUAGGAGGUAGGAUUUGAUCUCAUCGGACUAGACUGGAUUGGAAUGGAUAACUUAAGCAUUCCGGGCCCUUGGUUCGGUUUUUAGGUUUUGGGUCA